AUGAGUUUGGAUGAAACGGUGGAAGUGGAAAUCCCGCUGGUGAAAACCAUCACCAGUUUGUCCUUCCGGAAUCUUGACUACUCGGUCAGUCACCGAGGAAACAAGAAACAGCUGUUGAAGAACAUCUCCGGAUCGUUUCGAUCGGGUCGGUUGACCGCGGUAAUUGGACCGUCCGGAGGAGGUAAAUCGUCACUCAUGAAUGCGCUUAGUGGCUUCAAAACACAAGGAGUCAAGGGUCGAAUUCUAGUCAACAGUGAAUCCGUCGAUCCGCAGAAGUACCGCCAGCUGGUGGCGUACACUGCCCAGGACGUUCCGCUGCUGCCGAACAUCACCAUCCAUGAAACGUUGCACUACGUUGCCGAUCUCAAGUUGCCAUCGAGUGUCACGAGGAUUCACAAAAUAAAAAUCGUCAACGACAUCGUGUCGUUGCUGGGAUUGGAAAAAUGCAUUCACAACCAGGUCGAAUAUCUCUCCGGUGGCGAACGGAAGCGUCUUUCCAUCGGCUUGGAAAUGGUUUCCAAUCCAAAAAUUAUGUUCUUCGAUGAACCUACCAGCGGACUGGACAGUGUGUCCUCCUACCAGGUGAUAUCACAUUUGAAAGAACUAGCAAAGCAGGGCCGUUGUGUAGUCAGUGCCAUCCAUCAGCCAAGUUCGGAACUGCUGGAACUGUUCGAUGACAUCUACGUUCUAGCGGACGGCCGGUGCAUGUACCAGGGAACGCUGGUAGAUUUAAUCCCCAGUUUGGCGGAGGCGGGCUUCCUCUGCCCGCGGUAUUACAAUCCAGCCGAUUUUGCACUAAAAAUCGCUUCCACGGUUGAAUCCGAUCCCGACAAAACUAGUCAGCUGAUGAAGCGGAUGGAAUCGGUAACGAAUGAACAGCAGGUGAAUGCCGUUCACGACGAACAGUGCGAUGGGCGGGAUAUGCUGAAGCCCGCCAAUGGUUCGAGUCCUCAAUAUCCCAUCUCCCAGUUUCGCCAGUUUUUAAUUCUCUUGCGGCGGACUUCUCUAGGAACGGUAAGGAAUCUCAAGCUGACCAGGCUGCGAUUGAUAGGACACAUCCUAUUCGGAUUAAUCGUCGGAUCUGUUUUCUACGACGUCGGCGAUAAUGGCGCGAAGGUGCUAUCGAACGUUGGCUGCCUGAUGAUGAUGCUCAUGUUUAUGGUAUUCUCUAAUGCAAUGACGGUGGUGCUAACGUUUCCACUGGAAAUGUCGGUUUUCAUUCGAGAGCACAAAAGCAAUUGCUACUCGACGACGGCCUACUUCUUCUCGAAGAUCGUCGCGGAUUUCCCACUAAUGUUGACCUCAGUUACCUGUUGCCAGAUCAUAGCCUACUAUCUCACAGGGCAGCCGAACGAAACGGACAGGGUGGUCAUGUUCUGGGGCAUUUGUGCCCUGAUGGGAUGGGCAGCCCAAAUGUACGGUCUGUUUGCGGGGAGUAUCUUCCCUAUCGACAUUAGUCCGUUCGUGGUUCCAGCUACCGUCGUACCGAUGAUACUGUUUAGUGGGUUUUUCAUACGCUACAGUGAACUGCUGACCGUGUACAGGCCGGUAACCUACGUGUCACCAUUUCGCUACGGUUUCGAGGGGUUAGCUCUCAGCUGCUACGGAUUCAACCGGACCGAUAUAGGCUGCGAGGAUAUGUUCUGUUACUAUCGGAAGAGCAGAAAAAUUCUUCAACUGUUGGAGAUUGAGAACGGAAACUACUGGCUGGAUGUCACCGGUCUUGGAGUUUGGAUUUUAUUAUUGCACGUAGCACUGUAUGUUAGCCUGCGGUGUAAGUUACGCUGGAAUAAAUAA